CCUUCGCUGUUUAUUGAUUCGCCUGACAAACAUGGCCGCAGAUGACGGAAGCUAGGAUAUCUUGGAUCUCUUGCGAUGUAUUAUGUAGUUUGUUAGGUAAUAAACAUGCGUUAAAGCAAUAUUUCGUAGUAGAACAUGUGAAUUAACAUCUUUAUGAAGCUAUAAAUCCGGAAGUAGCACGCUAAACCAUGCUCAAGUGGUUUUCCAAUGAAGAGGGCAGUGCUGGACAGGGCGCGCCAGGCUCCCCUCAGGGGGGUGUGGGUGCUGUGGCUGCUGGAGGCGGUGGUCAGGCAGCCGUGGCAGAGCUGUUGGAGCGGCUGGCCCAGACAGAGCAGCUGGUGACCCAGCUGAAGGAGCUGAUCCGGGAGAAGGAUGGUGUUUUAUGCACCAAGGACGAGCAGCUGAAGGCAGAGAAAGAUGCGUGCGAGGCCAAGCUGUCCAAGCUGCGUCUCCAGAACAAAGCCAAAGUCACCUCCCUCACCGCCCAGCUGGAAGAGCUGAAGAAAGGAGGUGCUUCAGGGGCUGCUCUUGGUGAUCAUGGGACUCCUACCCACAGCAAGAAGGGAGGUGCCGAUGGAAGCGAGCAGGCAAGCCGGGGGAAGAUCCUCCUCCUCAGGAAGAAAGUGGAGGAGCUGGAGCAUCAGCUGUCACAGAGAACCGAGGAGCUGGAGGUCAAGUCACACGAGCUGGAGGCCCAGAGGAAGCGCGGUGCGGACAUGGAUGUGAUGCUGGCAGAGAGAGACAGGAAGCUGUCCGAAAAAGAGGCCUACAUCGUCCAUCUGCAGAUGGGCUUGGCUUCUGGAGACCACACCGCUGUGCCACCAGCCACCCCUGACACAGAGCAGAGGGCGUCUCCCGAGGAGAGCGGAGCAGGAGCCCUGUCAGAGCUACAGCUGCUUGUCCAGAGCCUGACCAGGAAGGUGGGCGAGAGCGAGGAGCGCUACAGCCUCCUGCAGGAGCAGACCGAGAGCCUUAAGGAACUCCUGGUAACUGAGAAGGCCACCUACCAGGACAAAGAAAACAUGUACAAGCAAAACAUACAGACAUUUAAGGACAUUAUCCUGCAGAAAGACAACCAGCUGAUGGAGGUCAGCAAGAUGCAUGAACAGGAGCUCUUCAAGUUGGCAGCCAAGUCUGACGCCAGCGCUGAUCUGGAACAGCUCCUGAAGGCUCUGAAACAGAAACUACACGAAAAGGAGGAGGUUCUGCAGGGUAAAAACCAGGUGAUCGAUGUCCUCCAGGGUGAGGUGGACGGCAGGGACCUGCAGAUUAAGGAACUCAUGGAGCGUGCGCAGCGUUUGCAGGUGGAGCGCGAAAGCCUGGGGUCAAAGAUGGAGGCGGAGAAGCAUGUGAUGCGGGCACAGCUGCGCGACCUCCUGGAGAAGCAUCAGGGCGAGCUGCGCUCUGCCGCUGAGUCCCACGAGGCCCGGCUGGCCGAGCAUGAGCAGGCUCUCCGUGGGCAGCUGGAGCAGGAGCUGGGAAGAAGCCUGGCCCCACAGACCCAGAUGCAGACUGGGACCAGUGACCCGGCGGCUCCAGACUCUCAGGCCACGACCCAGAGGAUGACCCAUCUGGAAGCACAAGCAAAGUUGAAAUCGGAGGAGGCCAGUAAAUCUGAAGCCAAGUUCCUGAAGAUAAAAGCCUGGUCGAAGUCUCGCAUCCGACAGCUGGAGGAUGAACUAAGGAAAAGCCAGUCUGGCCACGCUGGCCCCGAUGUGACGUCCCUGCGGAGCCGCAUCACAGACCUAGAGGAGGAGAGGGAGGAGGUGUUGUGGAAGCUGGAGCAGUAUGAGGAGCUGAAGGCCAAGAAUGAUGUUCUGGAGGCCAAGCUGGUGGUGUACGAGGAACAGCAGAGGAAGAUGGCUGCCGACCUGGAGCAGGUCACCAAGAGGGCCGCCUCUCAGGCCAGUGAGUCGGGCAGCGCCGACGACACCCAGAGCCAGGUGCUGGAGUGGCAGGAGAUGGUGUCGGAGGCGGUGACUGCCAGGGACCGUGCCCGCGAGGAGAAGGCCACCAUGGCCCUACGCAUGAGCCACAUGGAGGAGGAGAGGGAGGGACUGAUUGAGGAUGACUGGUUCUUUCCUGGCUGCUCCGAUCCAGCGCUGGCAAGCCGGCAGCAGGAGUUGGAGGAGGAGUUGUCACAAGCCCGGGGGCAUACAGGGCCGCACAGGGGCAGCAAGAAGCUAGAAGGCGCCGCUCGCCAACACAGCCUGCAGGAGGACUUUGAGUUUGACGGCAAACAGGCGUUCCACCAGGACCGGCGCGACGGCAGCUCUGAGAGCACCACCCCGAUGGAAGAGGAGGGGGAGAACAUGGGAGGUUGGUGGCCCGAGUACACUUCGCCCGAUACAGGUGGCCUGCGGUCAGUGGUGGAGGAGUUGGAGCUGGAGAGGAACCAGCUCCAGGAGCAGAUAUUGGGUCUGGAGGAGCGCUGUCAGGAUCUCGAGGACCGGCUGCAGCUGCAGGCUCGCAUCGAGUCGCUACAGGUGACGUUUGAUGUAGAUGAAGAAAGGCGGCCAUUUUGGGUUUCUCAGAGUGAGUCUGAGAGACUACAGGGGCAACUAUCCAGCCUCCGGAACCAGCAAAGCAGGGAUGCAGAGAAACACCAGCUCCUGGUAACCAGUCUCAAUGAGCAGCUCAAAGGACUGAGUGACACCCAAGAGUGCCUAGAAACGUCGCUUAUAGAGAAGGAGAACACGUUGGUCAAGACCUCUGAAAAACUGGAGCUUAUUGACAGCCUUAGAGAUUCUUUACAGGAAAGAGAGGCACAACAGAAAGAGGUUUCUGACAAGCUGCUUCAAUCUGAACACAAUCUUGCGGAAGUUUCCGCAAAAUGCAAAAUCUUUGAAAAACAGUGUUCAGAACUCAAGACAGUUGUUGCAGAUCUCACACAGAAGCAGAGUGUGCUUAAAGAGAAGACACAAAAACAAGAGGCUAUGAUAGAGACCCUUCAAACAGACCUUGAUCAGACCAAUGAUGAACUGGACAAGUUGAACACAACACAUCUAGAAGAAAGAGCUCAGUUGAUCCACGACCUUCAGAGCUGCGAACGGGAGAUUGAUAACCUUCGAGACACUGUCUUAGACAAGGACAAGGAGAUCUUAGCCCUCUCAGGUAACAUGGCAGAGUAUGCAGAGCAGAUCAUGGCGCUGAAGCAGGAGAUCAAGCACAAGGAGGAGGAGUUAGUUCGCCUUGAGACUUCUCUCACCAAAUCGGAGCGGGAAGCACAGAUAAUCAGAGACUCUCAGAGCUCGGACCAGCAGGCCCUAAACAUCAAGACAGCAGAGCUGAUGGAACAGCUCAAGUAUGCUCAGACUGAGCUGUGUAUGGCCAAAGAGGAAAAGGAGGCAAAGAUGGUAGAGGUGGAGGACCUGUCCAAGCAAGUGGAUGCGGAUAAGCGGACCAUCUUAGAGCUUCGUGGGGAGAUCCAGAAGCAAAAUAUAGACUAUGGUAAUCAUCUCAAGGAGUGCGAAACUCAGAUCUCUUCCCUGAAGGAGCAGGUGACUGUUGGAUACCAGAAACUGCAUGUGUCUGAAGGUCUUGCAAGUGCCUACAGCGUGAAACUGAACCAGUUUCAGGACAAAGAGCAGGCAUGUGAGACUGAACUAAAAUCUGUCAAGGAGGAACGGAACAAGCUUCUCGAAGAGGUUGACAGACACAACAGUGAGCUUAAAACUCUGUCCACACGACUAGAGAAUCAGGUUGAGUGUCAGGAAAAGUUGAAACAGGAGGUGCAUGAAAAACAGAAGAAAAUAUAUUUUCUGGAGGAACAACUGAGGACCACACAGGAAGAGGCCGAAGCAGAGCAACGGAAAUUUUACAUGGAUUUGCAAGCGAGAGAUUCUGAAAAGAAGAUCUUGGCAAAAGAUUUGCAGGGGGAAUCAGAAAAUAUCACAAAGAUGCAGAACCUUCUUAAAAACAUGAAUAUUGAAAAACAACAACUGCAGGAUGACAUAGAGAAGAAGGCAGAAGAACUUAAGUCUCAAAAGCAGCUUGUGGAGGAACUUAAUGAAAAAUGUACUGCAGCACUUGAACUUAAUAGUAGUUUGAGCUCACAAGCAAAUAGCUUCACUGAGGAAAAUCAAAGAAUGCAACAGGAUGUAGCUGUAAAAGAUAAAUUACUUUUAGAGAUGACAAAUGACCGGGAUUCUCUGAUGAACAAAAUAUCUUUUUUCGAAACACAGCAUUCAGACAACAGCAAAGUUAUUGAAGGGCUACUCAAAGACAAGGAGGAGCUGACUGUUCGAGUUAAUGAACUGAACAACUCCCUAGAGAAAAAUAAACUGUCAAUUUCAGAGAGUCUGUUUGAGAAAACAAAUGAAUGUAACCUUUUAACUAAAACACUCAGGGAAAAGGAGGUUGCAGUUGCACAUUUACAGGACCAAGUUGACAGUUUAAACUCUCAGCUGGAGGAAGUCAACCAUAACAUGGCUGAAAAAGAGAAAAUGAUUACUGAUCAACAUUCACAAAUUGAGAUGCACCGGAGCCAGCUGUCACAACUCCAGGUGACAAUGUCUUUACUGCAGGAACAAGAUUCUGCUCUGAGAGCUGGGCUCACAGAGAAAGACAUAAUAUUCCAGCAGAAAACUGAGGAGUGCAGCUCUUUACAGAAUAAACUUGGGCAACAGAAAAAGCUUCUGUCGAAGCUUCAAGGUGAGACUAAAUCUCUUAAAGGGCAAUGCUCACAGCUGACUCAGAAUCUGAAAGAAAAAGAAGAAAACCUCAGACAAAUGACUCAGGAUUGUGAAGACCAAAAAGAUGAGCUGAACAAAAAGAACGAGUCAUUGAAGUCAUUAAGCAGUCAACUUGGUGUCAUAAACGAGACCAGUGCAAAGUUGGAGUCUGAAAAUACCGAGCUCAAAGUCUCUCUUGAGAACCAUGAAACAGAAAACAACAAGCUGAGACAAGAGAUGGACCAGAGGCAAGCUGAAAUGGUUGUUCUCCACAAUCAUAUCCAGGCACUGAACGAGCAAAACCAACAACUCAGAGCUGCUUAUGAGAUUCGAGAGAAGGAACUUGCCCAGCAAAUACAGGUUGCAUCAGACCUUGAUAGAAGGGUAAAUGUGACUCUUGAGGAAAACACAAACUUGAGCUCACUACUAAACAGUCUGACAGAGGAGAAAAAUAAACUGCAACAGGAAUUAAAUGUUCAGUCAGAGUCUGUUUCUGAAUUAACCAAGGAGAAGAAUUCACUUCAAGAUAAACUUUCCAACUUUGAAAUGAAACAUUCAGAAAGCUGCAAAAUGAUUGAUGGGCUAUUGAAAGAUAAAAAGGAACUCAGUGUUACAGUAGAUGAACUCAAAACAGUCCUAGUGCAAAAUACACAGUCCAUUUCAGAGAGUGUGCUCCAGAAAACAAAUGAAUGUAGUGAUCUCACCAAAUUGCUUAGAGGGAGUGAAGAGGCACUUACAUGCUCACAACAGCAAGUUGAUAGUUUAAACAUCCAACUUAAUCAGCUGAAUGGCAACAUGACAGAAAAAGAGAAUACCAUCAAAAUUCAAUACUCACAAAUCGAGGCACAGCAGAGUGAGUUGUCAAACCUCCAGGAGACAUUGGCUCUACUACAAGAGCAGGUGACCACAUUGAAAUCUGGGCUCACAGAGAAAGACAUCAUGGUACAACAGAAAACUGAGGAGUGCAGCUCUUUACAGAAUAAACUUGGGCAACAGAAAAAGCUUCUGUCAAAGCUUCAAGGUGAGACUAAAUCUCUUAAGGGGCAAUGCUCACAACUGACUCAGCGUCUGGAAGAAAAAGAAGAAAACCUCAGACAAAUGGCUCAGGAUUGUGAAAACCAAAAAGAUGAGCUGAACAAAAAGAAUGAGUCAUUGAAGUCAUUAAGCAGUCAACUUGGUGUCAUGAACGAGACCAGUGCAAAGUUGGAGUCUGAAAUUACCGAGCUCAAAGCCUCUCAUGAGAACCAUGAAACAAAAAACAUCAAGCUGAGACAAGAGAUGGACCAGAGGCAAGCUGAAAUGGUUGUUCUCCACAAUCAUAUCCAGGCACUGAACGAGCAAAACCAACAACUCAGAGCUGCUUAUGAGAUUCGAGAGAAGGAGCUUGCCCAGCAAAUACAGGUUGCAUCAGACCUUGAUAGAAGGGUAAAUGUGACUCUUGAGGAAAACACAAACUUGAGCUCACUACUAAACAGUCUAACAGAGGAGAAAAAUAAACUGCAACAGGAAUUAAAUAUUCAGUCAGAGUCUGUUUCUGAACUAACCAAGGAGAAGAAUUCACUUCAAGAUAAACUUUCCAACUUUGAAAUGAAACAUUCAGAAAACUGCAAAAUGAUUGAUGGGCUAUUGAAAGAUAAAAAGGAACUCAGUGUUACAGUAGAUGAACUCAAAACAGUCCUAGUGCAAAAUACACAGUCCAUUUCAGAGAGUGUGCUCCAGAAAACAAAUGAAUGUAGUGAUCUCACCAAAUUGCUUAGAGGGAGUGAAGAGGCACUUACAUGCUCACAACAGCAAGUUGAAAGUUUAAACAUCCAACUUAAUCAACUGAAUGGCAACAUGUCAGAAAAAGAGAAUACCAUCAAAAUUCAAAACUCACAAAUUGAGGCACAGCAGAGUGAGUUGUUAAACCUCCAGGAGACAUUGGCUCUACUACAAGAGCAGGUGACCACAUUAAAAUCUGGACUCACAGAGAAAGACAUGAUCUUACAACAGAAAGUAGAGGAGUGCAGCUCUUUGCAGAUUGAACUCAGACAGCAGAAAACACUUUUAUCCAAGCUUCGGGAUGAGAAUGAAUCCCUUUUAGGGCAAUGCUCACAACUCACUCAGCGUCUGGGGGAAAAAGAAGAAAACUUGACAAAAAUGGCCCAGGAAUUAGAAAAUCACAAAGACGAGCUGGACAAAAAGAACGAGUCAUUGAAGUCCCUAGGCAGUCAGCUUGAUGUCGUGAAUGAGACCCAUGCAAUGUUGGAGUCCGAAAAUACUGAACUCAAAACCUCUCUUGAGACCCUUGCAGCCGAUAACAACAAGCUGAGACAAGAGAUGGACCAGAGGCAUUCUGAGGAGAAGAGGCAGAGGGUGGCUGAGGUGCAGAAUGCGUUGCAGCAAGCAGAGGCCAUCAAACUGCAGACUGAAAGAGAAGCCUGUGGGUACCAAGCGGAGCUGGCUGAACUGAGGUCAGAGAGGAGCAGGUUGCAGUCUGAGUGCCAGCGUCUGGCUGGGGAGAGGAAGGAGACUGUGGCUCUGACCGGGAAGUCCUCUGAGGGCCCAUCUGUAGCACAGCUCCAGGCAGAGAGAACUCAGCUUCAGGGCCAUCUGCAGCGCUGCCUGUACGAGAUCCAGCAGAGAGACCUGCACUGUCAGCAGCUAGACGCCAAGCUGCAGCAGGUGGUGGAGGAGAAAGUGGGCGUCUCUACCCAGUUGAGGGCAGUUUCUCAGACGCUGAGGGACACCCAGAACCGCUGCUAUUGGCUGGAGAACCAGGCUUCUCCUCACCAGCACAACCAGGGCCUUGGCCAGCAGGGGGCAGGGUCUGUAGAAGUGGCUCCGGGAGCUCCCCAGGAGAAGUGCAGUGCUGUGGUAGACAUGGAUGCAUUGGAAGCUGGAGGACUCCGAACUAGGCUGGCGGGGGUGGAGCAGAACGUGGUCCAGCUGAUGGAGAGUCUGGCUGAGGAGCGGGCCAGGAGGGAAGCAGCAGAGGAAGCCCUUGGAUUGGCUGAGGAGAGAGCCAAUAGUGUUGGCUCCAGUCCAUCCAAGUCGACCCAGAGAGACUUCAGCAUCCAGCUGGAGGCAGAGGAUGAGUGGGAGGCCCUCAUCCUGAAUCCCAAUGAACCCCUGGUCACACGAAAGGUGAAAGGUGGGGUGCUGGCAUGCAGACGCUGGCUGCGGGGGCGGAGCCUGUACUGCUCCAAGCUGUUGACAUCACGGACCCGCUCACGCUACCUCUUCCUGGGUUACCUGCUGCUGCUGCACGUGGCUGUUCUCAUGUGCCUCACUGGAGCCCUCUAGAGCGGCAGGAUUUCAUGCAAUAGCAAGUUGCACAUCGAAAUUGCGGCCCGGGUUUCCUCCAGAAAGCAAAGAAUGUCUGUGCUACACAGUGUACUUCACCAUGGGUUCCAGAGAUGCUGGUUUUUGUCUAGUUUCAGGAGUCAGGGCUUUUCAAGUGUGUGUCGGACGUCUUGUCCCCUUUUCUGUUUUCUCUAUUUCCCCUUAAUCUGUGAAGGAAGUGGAAAAGAAUAACGAGGAGGGAGGCUCCUUUAGUUUGCUCGUACCGCGUUGUCGUCCCCCCGUCCCCCCCCCUCCAUUUUCUUGUCAGAUUAUUACAGAAUUAGCAAAGGAGGCCCGGGGACGAAGGCUGCUUCACUGUUUGGACACACUUUGGAGGGACAAUUGGACCCUCUCUGUGUUAAUGCCUGUGAGGUCACAGAAGCCAUAUCCAGUCAACAUGAACACAUGAACCGUUACACAUAUGAAACACGUGUGUGUGUGUGUGUGUGUGUGAACUGGCGAACGAGUGUGUGUGUGUGUUUCCACGUGUCUGCAAGAGAAAACACUAGUCCACCGCUAAGAUUACCCCAUCCAGAACCAACCGGUCCACGGUGGUACAUCAACACCGGUUAUCCCGAUAUUGGUGUUUGGCAAGACGGUUCUGCGGUAUUUAAUGGCAGAAGGGUGGAGAAAGCCUAGACCCCAAGUUAUGUAAAGAUGUGUAUCGCGCUGCUGCUUCACCCUACCUUGUAACACCAACCCCCCCGUGCUCAGCCCGCCCCGACCCAGCCCUGGCACCGUGUCCCCAUUAAGCUCACCCAGGUGCCUCCUGGGUCCAUUUGUAUUGUUGGUGCACCUGGAAGGUGUAUUCGAUAGCUGUUGCAUUCAAAGCUAUGCACUGAAGUCCUGUUACAUGUACCUCAUCUCAACAAAAAGAACACCCACCCAGCCCUUUGUAGUGAGAGGCCACGGAACGUAUGGAGCUAGGUGUAGGGCCAGGAGGUUUAGUCGACCACAAGUUCUGACCGUGAAAUUCAACUGUGGACCUAUGUGUUAGGCUCCUACUGGAACCAAAGGUUUUUCUUGGUCAGAUCACCUCCUACAUCACACUCUGUUUUGGUUGGAGUUCGUAUGUUCCCUUGCAAGUGUGAAAGGACAAUGUUCUGUUUAAGGGUGGAGUGUAAAAGGUUGUGUGCGUGCCCCUUGAAAGUCUACUGUAUUAGUGUGUAUUUAUGCAUCUAUAUUGGUUUGGCUGUGUCCCCCAAUGCUCUGCUGUUCACUGUACAUUUCUGCUUAAUCAGUUGUUUACAUGCUGACUGAAUCACAUGAUUGAUUAUCUCGGGGGCAUUUCAUAAAGCAGGAGGCACUGGGAGCUGGAACCAGUAGUUAUGUCGUAGUAAUCAUUAUAACAAGUGUGUAUAUCCACUAAAACCAUAUGUAGCCUUAGGGCCAGUCAAUUUGUGUGAUCGUGAUUGUGGCUUCAUGACAACUUCUUGUCACUCAUAGUCAUACUAAACAUGUUUUGCUUGACAAUGUUGAAUGUGGUUGGCCAGAGUACGUGCAUAUUUCAGACUAGGCUAGGAAAGGUGUUUCAGAAUAGUUGCUGCUGCCUGCUGAGGUGAAGUAAUAUCUCCUGCUUUGUGGAAUGACCCCCUGUUCUAAUGUUGAUGUUCUGGUGUUGUGGUCCUGAUGAUCUGUAUAUAUAGUGUGAUUGAGGAAAGGACGCGAAAAUAAUUUAUGAGAGGAACUACUAAGUCAAGAUGUCAGAUUUUCUAAAUAGGGUCUAUUUUUUAAAGAAAUCAAAUGGUUGGGACAGAAUUUACUAUCCUGGCCUGUUGAUGACAUAAGCUGGCAUAACAAGUGUGCAAUACUCUAAAGACGUCGACAUUUUAAUAUGUGCACGGUAGCUGUCGCAAAGAUAAAAUAAUUUUAAUAAAGCUGUUUCCAAACACUA